AAGCUCAUACUGUACCACCUGUUGUGCUCCUCCCGUGAUUGUCAAACAUUCUAAUAAUCAAUCUGUAAAUCAAUAUUAUUCAAUUUGAUACCGCCACAAUAAUAAGAUAUCAAAUACGGACCUUUGUACGAGCAUCAGCCAGGUGUGGUGUUUAAACGUGUGGUAGAGUCCGCGCCAUGAGCAGACGACAAGCCAGCAGACGAUCCUUCACCAUGGCGACGCUCGCUUGUCGGGUCAAUGUAAUAUCUGCCCUCAAGACUUUCUGCAGGAAUUAUGGUGCCUCUGCGGUAUCGUUUGGAAAAUCACAAUAUGUGGAGAUUCGUGGAGCACAUGUUCGCCCAGAGUAUCCCAAGCAAGUUAAAAUUGUUGAAGUAGGUCCUCGAGAUGGAUUGCAAAAUGAGAAGGUGCAUGUACCCACAAAUGUAAAGAUCGAAUUUAUAAAUAGACUAUCACAGGCCGGUCAUCAGUCAGUGGAAGUAACAAGUUUUGUGUCACCAAAAUGGGUGCCACAGUUAGCAGAUCAUGCUGAGGUGUUGCGUGGAAUCCACAGAGUCAAAAAUGUAUCUUAUCCUGUUCUCACACCAAACCUGAAAGGCUUUGAGGCUGCUGUUGCAGCAGGCUGUGAGGAAGUAGCCAUCUUUGGGGCAGCAUCCGAGUCAUUUAGCCAGAAAAAUAUUAAUUGUAGCAUUGCAGAAUCUCUCACACGCUUCCAGGAUGUAAUGACUGCAGCUGAUAAACUUGGGAUUCCUGUGAGAGGUUAUGUCUCAUGUGUUUGUGGAUGCCCCUAUGAAGGUCUUGUUGAUCCCAAGGCUGUAGCUAAGGUUGCAUAUACAAUGUACCAAAUGGGCUGCUAUGAGAUCUCCUUGGGGGACACUAUUGGCGUGGGGACUCCUGGCAGCAUGCGCAGAAUGUUGGAAGAAGUGAUGAAUCUUCUACCACCAGAUGUGCUGGCAGUUCAUUGUCAUGACACUUAUGGUCAAGCCUUGCCAAAUAUUCUAACAGCUCUUCAGAUGGGAAUUAGUGUAGUGGAUGCCUCCGUGGCAGGACUUGGAGGUUGCCCAUAUGCCCAAGGAGCUUCUGGUAAUGUAGCUACUGAAGAUGUUGUGUACAUGCUUAAUGGAUUACAGAUAGAGACUGGUGUUGAUUUAGAUAGGUUAAUUGAUGCUGGCAAUUAUAUUUGCAAAGUCCUAAACAGACCAAACUUCAGUAAAGUGAGUUGCGCCAAAACAAAGUGUUAGAUUAUGUAUAAAAUUCUUUUGAUAUACUGUAUUCUAUUUAUUUUUUUAGAUUUUAAUAUUAAAAUGACAAAAAACUGUAACUCAUAAAGAUUUCAGAUAUAACAAAAACCAUUCUCAAAGAUUUCUCUUGUUUUGUCAGGCUCAUGAUUCAGUUGAAUAAUCAUAAUAUUUCUCAUAAAACCAACCUUGACAAAAGACCUAAACAGAUGAAGGAAUUAUAGAUGCACAUGAACAGUUGUUAUUUACAGGUAUUUUGUGAUUACAAUGAAAUGUUAGUGUUGCUCAACACAAAAUUUUAUUUUUUUGAUAGACUAUUGAGUCCUUUAUCACCAUGGAAACUCUACCAACAUGGGAGAAGUGAAACUUAACACCCUACACAAUCACUGGCACAGCCACAACUUCUUAUAUUGCAUUUAUUCUCCAAUUAUUUCCUUUUUUUAUACUUAUGCUUACUAUAAUUACUGUACAAUUUUUUUUAAUUACUGUCUUUUACUUCUCUGUUUAUAUGAAUUAAGACCAGCCUCAUACUUCAUUGUACAGUCUUCAUCAUAAUUCAUGUAAGUAUACUGUAGUGUAGUGGUGGGUUCAUUUGUUUUAGAUAUACUAGCAUGUGGAGUACUUGGGGUGUUGGUGUAACAGCGGUAAUGGACAUGCUUCUCACCUAUGUGUCCUGGUUUCAUUUCCCAUCCUAUGACAGAUGUGAAAAAGGUGUUGUUCAGCUUGAACUCAAAACAUGGCAGGUUUUCUCUGGGCACCCCAGUUUUCUCCUGUAUAUGCUGUACUAACACUGGACAAUGAAGAUCAUAAAAGAGUAAUGAAAAACAGACCAACUACCCAAGCCCCUAUUAAGCUGAUAAGUGGUGAAAUGAAGAAUUAAAAUUAAAUCACAGUAAAAAAAAAUAGUAAUUGUUAUUAUAUUAUAAUAAUACCCUGUAAUAAAAAUUCAACAUAUAUAGUGUCCAAUUUUGAUUGCAAACAAUUUUAUACAGUAUAGUGAUAGAAUUGUGUUAGUUUACCAAAUGGGUUUUAAGUUUCAUAUAAGGUUAGAGAUUAUGACUUACACUUGCCACUUUGUAUUAAGUGGGAAAAACUUGAGAUGAAAAUCUUUAUAGUACUAUACCAAAAUUUAUUCUUUGGAUUUCAAAUUAGAAUUUUGAUUGUAUAGGAUAGAUCUCAUUAAUACAGUAUUUGCCAACAUAAUUUUUAGGAUGUUUCUGUGAUAAUUAGUAAUUAGAACUAAUUAUAGUGGCUUGUAAUGAUCUGAAUUGCAGAGUCAAAGCUCAAAAUUUUGGGGCACACCUAUUCCUGCUACAUUGUGCCUAGAUAUUUUCACUCAGAUGUCUUAACGUUGCCCCAGACUAACAAACUUCUUAGCAGUCAGAAGUGUGUCAUGGUGGUAUGUUUAGAUAAAAUAUUAGGUUUACAAAUUUAGAGUAAAUUUUGUAAUGUUUGAGUAAGGGCGACAAGUUUCUGGACGUAUAGUAGUUGAAUUUCUAGUGUUCUUAACCUUACCUGAAUAUCACAAUAUGAUAAUAUCUUAUUUGUAUAACUAAGUUUAAUAUGUAUAGUAAAUUGUACAUAAGGUGAUUAUGAAGAGAGUAAACAUUGUAAUACUGUAGUUAUGAGUAUGCAAUGGGUUGAACUGUUUGAUUAUUAUCACCCCCAAACCAAAAGGUUCUCAUCAGGCUUUAUGGGAUAUGCUUUUUGGUUGGUGAUAACUUUAUCAGCUGAAGAUUUAAAGCUUAUUUGGGUUAGUAGCAUUUUUUACAAUUUAUAUUUAACCGUCUUUUAUAUACCAACUCAGAUUUGGGUAACCAUGGGUAUGACUAAAGACAUGGUGACAUUUAGUAAUAUUUAGGAAGGUGAGAACUGUAGGUAUACUGUACAAUGUAACUAGAAUUACUGUAUGCUUGAGCUACUGCAUGUAAUUUAAAGUAUGGAAGAUAUGAAUGUAUUGCAAAAAGCAGGAUUAUAUUAGUUGUGAAUAUAGUUAAUAACCAGAAAUAUGGUAACUGUGGUUGUACUGCAUAACCUGGAAUAUGAUAGUCAAGAAUUUAAUGUAUGCCAUACUAUAACUCAGAAAAUGGUUUUAAGUCAGAUGGAGUUUAAAAAACCAAUUACCAUUAACUUAGGCCUACAAUCAUAUUAUUUGUUAUAGACACAAACUUAGUGGUUAAAUUCACAAAGGCUAAGUGUGGGAAUAAAAUGACAUAUUUACCUCAAUUAUCUGUUGAUUGUGCAAUGGAAGUUAACUGAGGCUUUAACCAAAAACAAAUUUGGUUUCCUUCAUGGUUCUUUACCUCAGUACUCUCUCCUUUUGAAGACUAAAGAAUGGUUUUGGAUGUUUGAUAUACAGUACCAUAAUCUAGGUACAGUACAGGAUCUUUCACUGUCUGAAGUACAGUAGUUUCUUCCUAGGGAGAAGGGGUUAGCUGUAGCAUUCAAUAAUAUGGCUUCCACAGAACUUGUCUUUCUUUCUCUUUUAUACAGGAAGCUGUUUAUAUUUUUUAAUUAGCCAAAGUAAGUCUGAAGGCAUACUUUAAUU